AUGGUCUCUUCGCCCGUGCCCAAGAAGGCAGUCACUUUGGCCAACAUGAACCGGAAUCUGCGCCGCGCAGAGUACGCCGUCCGAGGCCGUCUCGCGAUCCGCGCCGACGAGCUGCGCAAGACUCUGCUCGAGCACGAGCAAUGUCCGCCGCCGCCAGCCCAGGCGUUGCCCUUCACGGAGAUCAUCAGCGCGAAUAUCGGCAACCCGCAGGCAAUGGACCAGCAGCCAAUUACUUUCUUCAGACAAGUGCUUGCGCUCGUUCAGUACCCGGAUCUUCUCAAAUCCGAGCACGCCGCGCAGAUCUUCCCUGCCGACGCGCGCAAGAGAGCGCAGACCUUGCUCGAUCACAUCGGCUCGGUCGGCGCGUACUCCCACAGCCAGGGCGUGCCCUACAUCCGCCAGUCGGUCGCCAACUUCAUCGCCCGACGUGACGGCUUCCCUUCGAACCCAAAAGACGUUUUUCUCGCGUCGGGCGCGUCGUCGGCCGUGUCCUCUCUAUUGCGCACGAUCUGCGAUGGCCCUGAUUCGGCAGUCAUGAUCCCGGUCCCUCAGUACCCGCUCUACUCCGCCACGCUCACUCUCGAAAACGCGACCGCGGUACCGUACUACCUCGAAUACUCUGCCCACGAUAUCGCAAACACCGUCCGACAAGCCAAGGCAAGCGGCCUCUCGCUCCGCUCAAUCGUCGUCAUUAACCCCUGCAACCCUACCGGCACCUGCCUGACCGAGGCCGAAAUCAAAGACAUCAUCACGAUCGCGGCCGACAACCGGCUGAUGAUCAUCGCCGACGAAGUCUACCAGACCAACAUCUACGAAGGCGAGUUCUUAUCGUUCAAGCGCAUGCUGCGCGAGCUGCAGCGCGACUACCCCGGCCGCUACGAGAACGUUGAACUCGCAUCGCUGCACUCGACUUCAAAAGGCAUGCUCGGCGAGUGCGGCCAGCGCGGCGGGUAUGUCGAGCUCGUUGGAUUCGACCCGGCUGUAGUCGAUCAGAUGUACAAGCUUGUUUCGAUCUCGCUCUGCCCGGUCGUUACCGGCCAGGUCCUGACCGAGCUGAUGGUUAACCCUCCCAGGGAGGGCGACGAGUCGUUUCCGCUGUACAAGAAGGAGUAUAACGACAUCUACAACUCGCUCAAAAAGCGCGCGUUUGAUCUCUACCAGGCGUUUUCGCAGAUGGAAGGAGUCAUAUGCGAAGAGCCAAAGGGCGCGAUGUACCUCUUCCCCCAGAUCACAAUCCCCAAGGCCGCAAUCCAGGAAGCUGCCCGCCAGAACAUGGAGCCAGAUGAGUUCUACUGCAUCCAGCUCCUCGAAAAGACCGGCGUCUGCGUCAUUCCCGGAUCCGGAUUCGGUCAGCAGGACGGAACGUUCCAUUUCCGCACGACCUUCCUGGCGCCUGGACACGAGUACAUUGAUCGGAUGGUGAACUUUCACAGCCAGUUUAUGGACAAGUACAGGUAG